CACACACCGUGUAUUAUGAUUUCUCUACUGGUUUAUCAAUUCGAGGAGUGGAUAAAAGAGGGUUCGGGUCAGACCAGUGCGCAUUUGCUGUCGGUAGUUGAAUCGGGUCGGAAGAUGUUGAGGGCAACGUGUACGGUUACCUGUGUCGCCCUCUUGGCUUGCCUCGGGGCAUCAUCGGCUUUUCCCACUCAGGAAAACGCCAUCACCCCCGAGAAGUCAUCCUCGGUGCUUGAGGAUGGCCUGGGCACGGCCUACCGGAUGGUGCAGGGAUGUGGUGGCAAGGACUUGAUGUUAUGCCUGAAGAUGCGCAUGUUGACGUACGUGGACAAGGCUGUGAGGCGUUCGGAGGACAUCUCGCUGGUGGACGGCGUGGCUCUGGUGCGAUCACCGUCUGCUGACAACUCCCGUGUGCUCAGUGGCCGCGCCCUGUCCGAGGAUGAGCUCGACGCCAGCCUGCCCAAGGACUCCGAGUCCCGCGACGCUCAGGUCGAGAGCAUGCUCGUCGACCGUGUGGCCCGCUUCCUCGAGAGCCGCACUCUCCAGCUCAAAGUCCCCGAGUCCUCCAUCAGCGACAUGAAGAAGUCUCUCGAAGAAGCCCGUGGUAAGAAGAAGAACAAGAAGCUUCUGCUGCCUCUGCUUCUGCUGUUGAAGAUGAAGGCAGCCGCCCUCAUUCCACUGGCUCUGGGAGCCCUCGCCCUGCUGGCGCUCAAGGCACUCAUCGUCGGCAAGCUCGCCCUGGUGCUAUCCGCCCUCAUCGGUCUGCAGAAGUUGCUGUCCAGCAAGUCGAGCUCUUCCAGCUACGAGGUGGUCGCCCAUCCUCACUACGAGGAGCAUCACGGCCACUACGCACGCGCCAUGCAGGACCCUCACCAGCUUGCCUACAGGGCCUACCAGCCCGAGCAAGUCAAGCAGGACUAGGACUCCUACAUCACAAGUCACCAGCAAAGCCGGGCUAAUACAUCCACCUUCAUCAAACAUAGCACCAACUCACAUGAACCUUCAUUACCACCAACAUCUUCCGACAUCGAAUCUAACACCUCACUCUCACUUAUGUGCCAUGUUUCAUCUGUGCCAUUCCUUUCUAUCACAUUCAUUGCUUAAAUCUCACUUAGACUGACUACUUACUCUUCCUCUUCGACUCUCAAAUAGCAUCAUUCUCUAAUUGCAACACCUUACUCGACUACUUGUUACUCUUGACACCGACAAACUUUUUUACACUGUAAUUCAACAGCUCAAUCUUUUCAACUGCAACUCGAGAAACUCUAUCAAGCUUAUCACUUUAUCCUGCAUAUAUUCAUCCUGCAUAUAUUCAUCAAACAUUUGCACUACACAUUUCACUCCUUCAUUUCUCAUCUCAUUUCUUCAUCUCACUUCAUUCAUGUCAUCUACUCACAGCGACUAAUUACAUCCAGAGUAGAGAGCACUCAUAACUUCAUUGAAGCACACAUAAUUCAUUCAUAAUUCAAACUAUGGAAAUUAUCAUAAAAACCGUUGAGCCCGGCGAUGCAAUUUGUAUAUAUCAAAUGAUUAGUUUAAGCUUGAACCUCAUAUCUUGUAAAGCCAUUUACUCCUCCAUUUGCUUCAGGUAUUAACCGUUACAGUUUCAACAAAAAAAUUGUAAAACCAAAGAACAAUUUAUAUAAUUAUAGCUGUUUUUAUCUUCUGCUAUUUAUGUCAGUAGACUUAGUUGGCUCAACUCAAAUAGUAAACUCUGACAAAGUUUGAAUCUAUUGUUAUUAGUAGAAUUGAAUUGAAUUAGAUAAACUAUAGAUUUGAAGGAAUUACUGCAUUGUAUUAAUCAAAAAGAUGCAUUGCUCACUUGAAAAAUCACAAUUCGACUUUCUACUGAUAACUCUCAUUUUGUAAAUAGACAUUCCAUCUUCAGCCUUAUUGUUAAGAGACUGAGAACAAACCUCUAAUAAAGUAUUUUGUUUCAAUGGAAAUCAAAACUAGAUUUCCUUUAAUGUUAUUGUGAUUGUUGAUAUUUAUUGAAUGAAUAGUAUUUAUUAAAGACCAUACACUGGAA